GUCUAUUUCUGAGUGUAUAUUUUUCUGUGUAUAUUUUAUAAAAAAAGAAAGCCAAAGUUUUACAAAUAAAUAGAAAAAACACCAAAGUUUCAACUAAAGAAAACCAACUGCUGAGUUUUAUCAGCAAGACAGCGAAAUGAGUGAGACCAAGAAGCUACUCGACAAAUUGCUAUGCGACAUUUACGGCAAGCAAGAGGAGCUGGCUCGACGCGGGUGCACCUGUCAUCCCAGGGAUCAUCCUCUCGGAUCCUGCAAUAAGAAGAAGAAGGGCAGAAUGGCCCAGCUGGCCAGCGGCAUAGUCGGUGGUCGUGCAGUCUUGGAAAGGCUGAAUGUGCGUCAGCUCAUCGAUGUCGUUGCCAUUCUCAAGGUGGAGAUCCUGAUGAUGGGCUAUAUGCUCAAGACAGUCCUCAUAGCCAGGGAUCGCCUGAACCGCCACCAGGAGGUGCUCUGCAAGUUCAUCAUCACCGCCGUGGAGAAACACGAUGCACAGCCUAAAAUGCGUUUUAGCCUCUCACCACCGCCGCGGAAAGCCAGCCUAACCUCCCCCACCAGCAGCACCACCACAAACAGCAAAAAUAGAAGCUCCACCACCCACAACAUGCUGACACGCAAUGGCGGUGGGGGCCACGAAAGCAGCUCCAGCACCACCGCCUCUGCCGUCGCCAGCGAUGAGGAUGCUGCAUCGGAUUACAAUCAAUGGCUGCAUGCCAUGAAGCUGGUCGCCCGCCUGCCCGGCGGCACCCCACCCGAAUUCCGGCGCAAGCUGUGGCUCUCGCUGGCGGACAAAUACCUCAAGUCAAAGAACGUGGACUGGGCCAAGCAGCGGGAGAAGUGCUUCUGCGAGGAGUGGCGCGAGGAUGACGAGGAGCUGGGCAUACAAAUCGUUAAGGACCUGCAUCGCACUGGCUCCAAUUUGUGCACCGGCCCCGCGGGAUCCAUCAACCAGGCCAAGCUGAAGCGCAUUCUGCUCGGGUAUGCCCGCUACAAUCCCGAGGUGGGCUAUUGCCAGGGUUUCAACAUGCUGGGCGCCCUGAUACUGCAGGUCAUGGACAAGGAGGAGGAGGAGUCCAUGAAGGUCAUGAUCUAUCUGGUUGAGGGCGUACUGCCGACGGGCUACUUCUACGGCUCGAUGGGCGGCCUCCAGGCGGACAUGGGCGUAUUCCGCGAACUGAUGCAAACGCGUCUGCCGCGCCUCGCCAAGCACCUGCAGCGCCUUCAGGGGCCCGUGGAGAAUGCCUACGAGCCGCCCUUGACCAAUGUCUUCACCAUGCAGUGGUUCCUCACCAUGUUCUGCACCUGCCUGCCCAUGUCCUGUGUGCUGCGCGUCUGGGACCUGGUGCUCAUCGAGGGCAGCGAUGUCAUCCUCCGCACCGCUCUCGUUCUCUGGAGCCUCCUUGAAGAACGCGUUCUCAGUGUCCGUUCAGCCGAUGAGUUCUAUGGCAAAAUGGGUUCCUAUUCGAGUGAACUGCUUAACGGCCAUUUGAUCGAUUCGAAUGGACUGAUCGAAAGAGUCGUCAAGCUAGGACCCAUAGCGGAUCUCAGGCAGCUGAGGGACAAGCAUCUGUACAACAUUGCCCCUCUCCGACACCAACAGGGAAUGCAACUGUACUACGAUGACGAGGACACGCAUUCGGAUGAGGAGCGCAUGGCGGUGGCCACCGUCUGGGGUCUGAACUGGGGCCGUCGCGGCUCCGUGGGACCGGCAGCGGGCAAGCAGCCUACGGAGUCGAAGGACCGCAUGGCCCUGGACAUUUCGCUGCUCAAGAAGCAGUACGAUCGGUUGAGGGAGCGCCAGAAACAGGCGCAUGUCAUCCUGACCACUGCCUGCUCGACGGCAGCCCGUCAGGGACCACCGAAUUCUGCCCAGACCUCGGUGACUGUCAAUCAGCUGCUUCUCGGCCGGCCGGCCAUCAUCACCAACAAGGGGAAGAGGGUGAGUGCCCCCCUGGGAGCCAUUCCACCUGCCAGGAAGCCCUCCCUCCCAGCCGUUCUGCACACCAAACCUUCCACCGAGAAGCAGCUGCGGCGCGGCGAGACCCUCCUGUGGCGGGACACGGACCCCACUCUCAGACGCCGCGACAGCCUGACCUGGAAGGAGAUCAAAGCGGAACGGGCGGCCAUAAUGCGCGAGGGCGCUGAUAAGACGAUGAAGACGCAGAAGCUCCGAUCGCGAUUCGGCAAGAGCGACAGCUCCUCGUACAGCGAGGACAGCGAUGGCGAGCAGGAGCAGGUGGAACGCGCCGGGGGCAGCGGUGGCAGCGCCACCGGCGGUGGAUCCAGCACGGACACCAGUCUGUGUGACGACGAUGACCCCAAGUCGACGGAGAAAAGUCCCAAGCAAAAGGCGAGGCUGGCGCGCAAGCUAAAGGAGAAGCCGCAGCUGUUGACGGGGUCCCGAGAGGCGAGCUUGGAGCGCCAGAGACCAAAAUCCUGGGCUCCCAGCUCCCAUGAAAUACCCUUCAUGCUGAUGGGCACAGAGAGUGGUGAUGAGAAGGAGCCGGCCCCCAAACAGGAGGCGGAAGUUGCAGAGGACAGUGCCACAGAAAGCGGCCGCUUCGGCUAUGAGUCCGAGCUGGCCAGAAAAAUGGAGCCACUGCACCUGCUGGUGAGCACAGAUAUCCCUGGAAUCACCAGCACCAGUCAGCUGUCGCCGAUGCCGGACAUGGCCAGCUAUCUGGGCGCGUCCUGUAUCAGUCCGCUUCCGACGCCCAGGCCGGUGUCCAUCGAUCCCCUGGGCAUUGAGGGAACAGCAGGAGCGGCGAGUGCGGCAGAGGAGCAGGCCGUCGAAUCCACUCCACGUCGGUUCGAUUUUAGUGAAGAUGGCGUUACCAAUCAGUAUUUCGAGCGAGUGAACAGUGUGGAGCGUCCCAGCCGCCUGGAACUGUCCUACUCCCUCAACGAAGAGGGAACGGACGCUCGAGCGGUGUACAUGGAGCAGAGGGCUCAGGUGGAGGGACAGAGCGGCGAGCAGGAGGCGAAGGCAAUGUCUCCGCCUCAGAUAAGGGAAGACCUGGUGGAUGCGGAUGACAAAGUGCCGCAGAUCCGCGACGACAACAUUCCCGGCGAAAACAAAGACGACUACAAGGAGGUGCUGAGCAUGACGAUAGAGUCGCACCAGCCACCGCCUCCGACAGCCGCCAUUUUGAGCAAUGCCAGCCGGAAGCGUCACGAUCCACGACGCAAGACGCUGACCAGAUCCUCGACGAUCGAUAUCGAGGAGCGUUUCCAGGCGCUGGAGCAUCGCUUCAGCCAGGAGCAGUCAUGUGAUAAGCCCAAGUAUAUUCCCAGCACGGCCGCCUUGGAGGAGCGAUUCGAGACCCUAGAGAAGCAGCUCAGUGCCGAGAAGGUGCGAAAGGAGCUGGAGGAAAUGGAUCCCGAAUUGGCCGAAAAGUCUGAGCGGAUUCCCUCAACAGCCGAUCUAGAGAGCCGUUUCGAUGCCUUAACCAAGCAAAUGAGUUCCAGUGAAUCAAGUUCCAAGGCUCCCCCGGUGGACCUGGGGGAUGCAGACCAGUCCAGCGGAAGUGGCGCGAAAGAGCAGAAGGACAGCGAGAAGACCAGCAAACUCCACAGAUCAGAGAACUCCCAAUCCGAGACAAAGGACACAGCAACAACACCCCAAACGGAAAGCACUAAAGGGACGGAAACUGAUAAAAAUAAAGAAGAUAAAGAAGGAGACCAGCCACGCCUUAGGAAACUGCCCUCGACAGCCGAGCUGGAGGAUCGUUUCAAUGCCCUGGAACGCAAAAUGAGCGUACAGAAGAGUAGCCCAGCCAAGACUAAAAAGGAGCCACCAGAUGAAGAGCCAGACAAGGAGGAACCCAAGGCCCGAAAAGAGCCAGCCAAGGAGGAACCUAAGGCCCGAAAAGAGCCAGCCAGGGAAGAGCCUAAGGCCAGAAAAGAGCCAGCCAUGGAGGAACCAAAGGCCCGAAAAGAUCCAGCCAGGGAGGAACCUAAGGCCCGAAAAGAGCCAACCGAGGAGGAACCUAAGGCCCGAAAAGAGCCAACCGAGGAGGAACCUAAGGCCCGAAAAGAGCCAGAAAAUUCAGAAAUUAGAGAUGAAAAACCCCAAGAAAGACGGGCUGUAAAGGAUUCAAAGGAUUCCGAAGAAAGCAAUAAACAAAACGAAUCGGUUAAGGGUAAGGAGAGGACACCAACGAAUACCCCUGAAGAAAAAGAAGCGUCUAAAAGAGUCGAACCAAAACCAUCGGGAAAAGACAGCCCCGACACGAAUGUGGAAUCAGAGAAGGCAAAAAAGAAGCCAGAACCAGAAAAGGUGGAAAAUCAAGAAGAACCUGUGAAGACUGCACGUAAGUCCCCACCUUCCACAGAGGAGCUGGAGAAGCGUUUCAAUGCCCUGGAGAAGCAAUUGAGUACAACCAACCUGGAGUCAUCCAAGGAAGCUGAGCAAACAAAAUCCACAGCAAAAAAUCAGAGGUCGACAGAAGCAAGGAAUCAAAAGGAAGCUGAGACUGGGGAAAGGGAACAAAAGUCCACGAAAACCUUUGAGGAGAAGCUGAAAGAAGUGAAUACUGCACUGACAAACGAUCAGAAGAAAUCAGAGGUCGAAGUUCGAGCCGAGGAGAAGCGAAAAAGUUUCGAAGAGCGAUGUAAGAGUGCCAGCAAGACGUUGGAAACCAAGGAAAAGGAGGUCACUGCAUCGAAGAAAACGGACGAAAUUCCAGCAAAGAAGGCUAAAGAAACCCCGGAAACUUCAGCAAAUAAUAUUGACGAGUCUCACGAAACAAAAAUUGAAAAUACUCGAACAAAAAAUACUGAGGAAUGUCAGCAAACCGAACAGAAGGAUCUCAGUAAGAGAAGAGCUUCGGAGCCGCCCUCAACAGAGGAUCUUGAAAAGCGCUAUGAAACCCUGAAGCGCCGCAUGAGCAGCAAGAAUCAUUUUUCCACUCAAAGCGAGACCGUGAACCAAGCUCUCGAACGGAUCGAACAGGAGGUCAUCUCGGAGUGCGGUGAGGACCGAGCGGCGGAGAAGAAACAGCCGCCGUCAACGGAGGACCUGGAGAGCCGCUUCGAGGCGUUGCAUGGCAAGGACAAGGCGGAGAGCAAAACCAAGUCCCAGCCCAAGCUGGUGGAUGUGGCCAUUGAGGCGCAUAUACCUUCUCCGCCCCCGGCUCCACCACUGCCACCCGCGGAGCUGAGGAUCCUGGCGGCGCCCACACUUCACCAGCAGCAGGCACUCAUCGAAGAGCUCCAGAGCAAAAUGCAGGGACAAGGCCCGGGUGAGGAGAACCUCAAGCCCAGCCAGAUCAAUCCGCAGCGAAAGCAACAGCAACAGCAGCAGCAACGACAACGGCAGCUGCAACUGCAACAGCGACCCACAACGAUGGGCGAUGAGACCUCGGAAGCACCUGCAAACACGGCUUACUACAGAUCGGGAAAUUAUGAACCCUGGCAGCAGCGAACGGUUCGUCGUUUCUCCGAUUUGCCCUCAAGGGCCGAUCUGGAAAACCGAUUGCAAUUCCUGGAGAAGAAAUUGUAUAAGAAAUUCUACAAGCAGCGCUGUGCAAGUGAUUCCGAAGUUGCAUCGAAGGCCAAUGUCCUAGUGAUCAGCGCUGACGGGCCGAGCACCUCGCGCCAGGCUCUGGCUGAAUGCCAGCUGGAGCAGCGUGUCCUGGCCCUGGAGAAGCAGCUGAGCGAGAACAGUCUCAAGUUGCUGGAAGCCAUGCGCGAGAAGUCAGCGGCGGCCGUGGCUGUCGCCCCCCAGAGCGAUGACAGCGGCUCGCCGCGUCGGCUGAGCACGGACACCAUCGAUGCCACCACCGGCAAGGAGCUGGUGCGAUACACGCAGAACUUUGGCGAGCUGGAGGAAGUGGACUCCCACAAGCCCAUCAACAUCAGCAUCAACAUCAAAAUGAUGGUCAACAAGGACUCUGAACGGAAGAGGAGCGAGUCCAAGCCCACUACGGAGGACCUGGCACGACGUCUCGAGCAGCUGGAGGCACAGUUGGUGGAAGAGAGAGCCAAGAACGGCACCGUCAUCCCAGAGAAUGAAGCUUUGGAAGAGCCGCAGCCACAGCCCCAUCCGGAUAAACCCGAUGAGAGUGAAGGCUCCAAAAAGCAGGAGAAGGAUUGCCACAACCAGAAUGUCAAAAGCGAUGAAACGGUGAGAUUGGAGGACCUUCCGCCAGAGGGCAUUGAGCCCGAAACGGUGAAGGAGACCAAAACCCUGGAAAAUGAAGAGAUAGCCCAAGCCCGGGCCAAAGAGGUAGAUGUCGAUAAAACAGCUAAAGAGGCAGUGGUCGAUCCAAAGUCCGAGGUACAAGAGGAGAAUACCAAACAGGAAGAUGUAAUCAAAACCGAACAUGUUGAAGAGCCCUCUUCCAAGGAAUUGGAACCCCCUCAAGCUGAGAAAGGCAAACCCAACAAGAACGAAGAAACGAAAACAAAGAAGUGCUGUUCCGACGAGUGCACAGUAACGAAGGAAUCCUCCAAUCAGCAGCCUGAAAAGAACCAACCAACUACCAAGGAUGCCUCCAAAGAAAUGCCAGACAAAAUGGUCACCAAUGGCAGCGAUACUGGACCUGUGGAUGCCAGCAACAAGACUGUUGUGCUUCUUAUGGACAAUGAACCCAAGGCCUCAAGACUCAGGCGCCUGACCAGAGCCAACACCGAAGAACUCGAAGAUCUCUUUCAGGCCUUGGAAAAGCAGCUGAACGACCGGAAUUUAAUCAAGUCCGAAGAUGGCCGCCUGAUACGAGCUGAAAGCAAGCCCUCUGCCGAGCAAGUGGAGCAGGCUCAGGCCAUUACCGAUCUCACCAAACAGAUCGAGGACUAUACCAGUGGAAAUGCGGAAGAAGAAAAGCCGGCAAAAGAGCCUAAAGAACCGAUAGAAGACAAGCCAGAGGCUGAAGAGCCAAACGACUACGACUGGGGACCCAACCCGGUCAAGCAUCACCUGAAACGAAAAACGGUUUACUUACCCUCGACGAAGGAGCUGGAGGCCCGAUUCCGUUCACUCGAACGUCAGAUCAAGCUGCUCGAGGAUGUGGAAAAGAUCGAUGUGGAGCAGCGCUUGAAGGAAAUCGAACGCAAGAUCAAGUUGCAAUACUCGCUCUCCCACGAGAAGGACCUCAACAAGUAUCUAGAUUUGUGCGAGGGCAAGGGCCUAGACGAUGACGAUCUCGCAGUUGAGGAGACACCAACCAAGGAGGAACCACCUCCACCAGCCAACCAACGUUCGCGUAGUCCUGCACGGAAGGUGGCCACCAAGUCGCCGUACACUUCUCCAUCGCGCAAGGCAGCCACCAAGUCGCCGUACACUUCUCCAUCGCGCAAGGCAGCCAGCAAGUCCCCGUAUUCAUCACCGUACACCUCCCCGUAUACAUCACCAUCUCGUCAGCGUCAAAAGACGCCGGGUUCAUCACCGACUCGAGCCUCCGAAAAGAAGGCGAAAAGAAGUCCCUACACCUCGCCAGUACGUCGCCAGCCGCAUCCCAAUGAUCUGCCCAUCUCCGAUGACCUGGAGUUCAAGUAUAGAGUGCUUGAUCUGGUACGGUCCAAGUCGAAGGAGAAUCUGGCCAGGCGUAUGAACGAUCCCAAUCGAAAGCCACCCAUUCAUCCCCUCGAAAUGCUGCUUGAUCCGAGUCCCGAUAGCAGCGAAAUACCCACAACCGGGGAGCUGGAGCAUCGCAUUCGCCUCUUGGAUGAGAAGCUCAAGUCUCCUGUCCGACCCUCCCGCCACAAGUCGCGCUCUCGCUCCCCCACCAUCGAGGAUAUCAAGCGGAAGAAGAUGCUGGAAGAGCAGCAGCCCCGCACGCCGGUGCACAAUCUCGAACGCCUGGUCAGCUCUCCGGGCAGGCCAGAGCCCCCCACGGCUGAGGAGCUGGACGUGCGCAUGCGGGCUCUGGAGGAGGAGCAUAGCUUCGACUUUAAGACACAAAAGGACUACAAGGCCUUUAACCAAAAGCUCAAGGACGUUAUCUCGCCCUCAAUCUCCUUCGAGGAGUUCAAAUCGGCCAAGUCGCGCGAACAGAGUCCUCGCCGGGGAGGGGGCGCCACCACGCCAAAGUCUGCGAUGCGACGCGAUGACCACGAUGAUUAUCGACGCGACGAUGCACACUCCACGCACACCCACACGCACUAUCGACCCACCAGUCCCAAGGUGAUACGCUUCCGGGACGAGGACGAGGACUACUUCGAGGAGGCGGCAGCGCCGCGCCCAAAGUCACGCCAGUCCAGCGAACGAAUGGUGGGCACCAUAAAUGAGGUUAUGGAGUGUUUAUCGGAGAAUAAUACAAUUCUUCAACGUAUUCUUAAGAAGACUCUUGCAGAUCAGCCAUCAAGCAUUCGCAGCUACAGCAGCAGCUCGGCAGAAGGUCUAGACGCCCUGGGCAGUCGCCUGAUGAGGGAAACGUCUCCCAUCACCCGCACUGGGACGCACACGGGCGUGCCGCUGAGGACGACGGGUGAGAACAUAAACGAUCGCCUCAGCUCCAUCAAGAACUCGAUCAAGUCCAUCGACACACUGUGUGAGGAGAAGCCCUACCAAAAGGAGAAGUGCCAGCGCUACAUUGACUCGCUUUUCACCGACUCCCUGCACUUCGCCAGCAAGAAGAGUUCCGUGGAGGAUCUCGCCCACAGUCGCAGCGAGAGUCGGGGCCGGACCAUGCAACGCAGCAGCGACUACACCCCGUCUAUAAGGAUAACCUCGGAGCAUCGUUCGCUGGGCUCGGCUGAGUCGCGGCGCUCGUUGAGUCCCCUCGGGAGGGACGUGAGUCCGCUGCACCACCGCUCGCACAGGGACAUCAGCAGGGAUCUGUCGCCGCGCAGGAGACGCGGAGAGCAGGAGGACCGGGAGGAGCGCGAGAGCAGUAGGGUAAGACGUGAUAAUAUGUUGCCAAAUUAUUUUGCUGAUAAUCGUAGCGAACUAAGUAGCGGGAGUAGUUUAACCAAGUUUCAUAAAGUAGAUAGACAACUAGAAGAGACGUGCGCCAAGUACGCGGACGACCGACGCUCGGCCUGCAGAACACCGUUGAGCUCCCCAUACGAGACCCGAUCCUCAGCCACACGGCACACCACCACCAACUACAACUACAACUCCACCACCACAACAACAACAACAACAACAGGUACCACAAUAUCAGGAACAGCCACGGCAACCGAUAGUUUCCCCCGGCCCGUGUCGCCCUACCGACAGCCCUACGAUCCGUACAGGCGUCCGAAUGCCCCUGCAGCCCCUCCUGCCUACCAGCCAGCCAAGCUGGAGAUCCGCCACACGACGGUGACCUCGACCUUCUAUGAUCGCUUCCUUACGGAGAAACAAAUCGAGAAACAGACCCUCUCCCGUCCGCCCAGCCGUUCGCCCGUGGUGUCGCCAUCGGUCACCACCAAGAGCUAUAGCGAUCUCUACCAGUCGAUCUCCACCACGAGCAGCACCUCCAUACCCAUUACCACCACUGGCCACACCUCAUUCAUGUCCAGCAGCUAUGCAGGCCCUUCAUUCUCCCAGCCCGACGGCAGCAAUUACUCAUAUCUGAGCACGCACACGGCCGGAUCCGGCAAAUCUCUAUCGCCUAUCGGCGGCAGCAGUUCCUCCGAUCUGCGACUGCAUAGCACCGACAACUUGCUUGCCUCCACCACAACAUCCGCUUCAGCCAUCACGACAUCGAGCUCUUUUAUGCCCUACAACUUCUCCAGCUCCUUAGGCAGUCGCUUAACCGAUCCCAUUUCCAGUUGUAGUGUCGCUAGUGUGACCACUACUAGCUCUCUGACGUACUCCACUGGGGUGUAUAAUCCAAUGAUGUCAUUCACAUUGCGAGAACCCUUGACCAGUAGCUCCCUGGGCGGGGUGGGUGUGGGUACUUCCUCCCUGCUCGGUCAAUAUCAGUUUAAGACUAGCUUUGGCUCAGGCUAUACCCCCAAGACCCCCACUGAACAGGACAAGCCGUAGAGGGACGCACUGCUCUACCACUGACACACAUAUUCCACACCUAACCUCACUCCGCAUAAAGAUCGUUUACCGAUCAAAUCAAGCUCAAAUUGAUUACUUUACGAGUGAACAUUUUAAACAUCAGAAGAAUCGUAAGAUAAUACAACAAGCAAUAUAUAUACAUAAUACACACAUCAGAUUUACACAUACAUAUAUCUACAUACAAUACU